GCAUGUUCCGAAAGGAGCAACACGCGCGUAGUGUUUUCUCCUGAGAUAUUGAAGAGACACUCAUUGUCAGCUGUGAUCCGCGCAAAGGGCGAUAUCCUGUUGUGAUUCUUUCCGACCCGAUGGAUUGCGUUUUUCCCCUGCUGGAAGAUAUUUUCGAUACGAAUGUGGAUCAUAUAAAUAUCGGUUUGGUGUAAUCCCGACGUUAUCGCAACGAGGACGAUCGCGUACUGUUUGACAACAUACAGUGCGUGGAUGAAGAACGUGCGUCGAUGUGUGCUUUCUGUGUUGAAUAAAGGCGGGGUGACGAUGAUGCGUGCUGUCACAACGGACUGACACGUGUCCAUAGAAGCGACGGUGCGAAAAAUUAGAAAAUUGGGGGUUUGAUACGGAAGUGUAUCGAGAGGAAGAGGAAUAAACGGGAACAUUUUAGUGAAAGACAUUACAUAGGCCGGAUGUCACACGUCGUGUGAACAUUUCAGCACGCCGAAACGCGAGAAGCGCGCAAAAUGGUGGCUCGUUACGUCAAACGGAAAGAGGGCAGGUCGGGUCACAGGCCAGGACGACUGACACCGAGGGAUUAAAACGUGUCGAAUGGAUGUGGGCGAUCUGUCAGGUCCGGCAGGAUUGGUAGGGAGUGGAUCCAUCUCGGUUGCGACGGGUGUUGGUAUUAUUGCCAACGCGACAUCCGCCACUCCAGGGUGGUGGACGCCUACGUCGACGAUCACAUCGGCAGCGCCCAACACCGACGUGAUGAAUCAGCUCUGCAGGGUUUGCGGAGAGCCAGCCGCGGGUUUUCACUUUGGGGCCUUCACGUGCGAAGGCUGCAAGUCCUUCUUCGGGCGCACCUACAACAAUCUGGGUAGCAUUUCCGAAUGCAAGAACGGCGGCGUCUGCGUAAUCAACAAGAAGAAUCGUACCGCCUGCAAGGCAUGUCGCUUGCGGAAGUGCCUGAUGGUGGGCAUGUCCAAAUCCGGCUCGCGCUAUGGCCGACGCUCCAAUUGGUUCAAGAUACAUUGCCUGCUGCAAGAACAGUCUCAGCAAGCGCAAAAUCGCCUGAUCAAAGAUCCCAAGUCCGCGUAUGAGAAAGCGUUCGGCUCGUUAGACGCCGCGAAUAACAAUAAUAAUAAUAACAAUACCGAAAACGCCAGUAACACCAGCGCCAGUAGCAUCGUCGGCAUUGUCACUACGGCGACCACUACGGCGAACAGUUACCAUCAUCACCUGCACCACCAUCACCAUCCUGAUCGAUUGCCCAAAAGAGAGGAUGGUGCGCUCAGGCCACCGGAUCUUCCGGUGCAACUAAGGUCACCCGAUAUCCCGCCGAGAAGCAGCCAGGAAGCGAUCCUGAGGCCUACCGAUCUCCCGAGAGCACCGCACGAGAUGCUCAGGCCUGAAGUUUCGAGGUUCCCUAUGUGGCGGGGUCCACCGUUGUUUCAUCCAGCGCUCACGCACAUGCAGUUGCUGAACACGCCGUUCUUUCCGUUUCAGCAACGCUUUAUCGUACCUUAUGUGAAUCAAGUAGGUCCACCGCAGAUGGCGACCAGUUUGUCGAGCUCGUCCAGCGAGAGCAUCAGUCCGCGAUCGACUCCAUCGCCAACGAAGAGAAGUGAAGAGAAUCGAGAAUGCCGCGAGAUCGAUCGCGAGACCGCCGAACGAGAUCGAUGUCCUAGAGCAGGUUCGAUAGAGGUCGCAUAUGAUAAGAAUCUGACAUUCUUGCGAUCUCUCGGGCCAGAGCAAGAUGAGCCAAUGGAUCUCAGUAUGAAGGACACAAGGACAGAUGGACAGGAGGCGGAUGCUGGCAGUAUGGAGGAGGAAGAGGAGAAGUCGAGCAACAGCGAGGAAAGUGAGCUUCUGCAGGACACCGGACCACCCUUGGAUCUCACCCGAAAGACAUGACCUCGGAUAUCAAACGGUGCUCACUAAGUGCUCAAAACAAAAACUGAAUCCGAUCGAGAAAGGAUCACCGUCGGUGUCAUCCCCCCCCCCUCCCCCUAAAUUCACGUGGAUAAUAGGGGCAAGGUCGUCGAGUAAUUUGUUGAAAUAGAAGCUAACGAUCGAAGGCUCUCCCGUAGCAGGAGGAAAGAAACGAGCGAUCAAAGGUAAAAAAAAAAACGAAUGAAUGGGAAUACUGACGAAAAAGAAGAAGAAGGCAAAGAGAAAGGUGAAGAAGAGAAUGGAGAAGAACGCACGAAUCAUACGAGAUGCGGAGAGAGGGUGAAAGAAGGUACAGUUACAUCGUAAUAACGCGGCGAGCGAGAAGGCACGGCCGAGUGUCAAAGGUGCCUUGGCGCAAGAAACGAGGAGGCGACUCAGGGGGAAAGAGGAGUAGCCGAAUACGAUUACGUUGGAACGACACGAGAAAGGGAAAAGCAGGAAGAAGCGGGGAGAGCGCGGUCGACCUACGCCGAAGAAGAAGAAGAAGAAGAAGAAGAAGAAGAAGACGAGGAAGAAGAAGAAGUGCCGCGCGUAGCCAGCCGGCAUAAACGGCUUUACGAUCGGCGAUCGUCCGAUCGAUGAAAAUUGCUCAAGCCGCUCGGUAUUAACCGACAGUCGACACACAAGUCUCUUUUGCCCGGUCAUACCCCGAUGGCAGGUGCACAUUGACGAAGCGAUCGAGAAUAUAUCGGCUCGCGAUACAUUCUCUUUCGUCGGAGAAACGUACGACGGACGUAUCGUGCCUUAUGAAGCUGGCAUCGGACUAUGCGCGACUCGCGAUUCCGGCUAUUCGUUAUUGAGUCUCGUGUAUAAUUGUGGACAGGUAGAUUCGUCGCGUUCGUUAUUCGUCGCUAAUUCAUCAUUCACGCUGAUUCAUCAGCGCGGAGCGGUAUAUCGACGAAGCUAAAGGGCGUGAAACACUAUCGUAUCAAUUCAUUCGUGAUCGUUCGUGUAUAGAGCUGCGCUAUGCGAACGAACGAGACUACGAAUCGCGAAUCGUGUGGCAGGGUUCACAUCGGCGAACCGACGAAUUUUCCACUACGGAUCACGAACCGCGAAUCACGAAUCAUGAAUCGCGCAUAUCGUAGCACCAGCUUGAAGCGGUGCCUUAAAAAAUACGGCGGUAAAAAAAUAACCGCCGGUGAUAGUUUAACGUUUAACGAUAUGUAACCGUUUGCCGUAGCGUGGCGACAACGCACGGCGGGAUGGCCAGUGAGUGCUUCGCGCGUAUUAUUGCGCCGACGAAUCGUUCGGUAGUGUUCGGAGGCCUCGGAUCGGCUUACUUCGAUCCGUGCACUCGCGUCGAUUUGUCGGAAGAAAGAAAUCGACGGCGAUGCAAGAGAUCGAACGACGACGAUCCGGGCGCCGGAUAUAUUGUGAUUCUGCGAAUUCCAAGUGCUCUUAGUACGUAACUUAUGUAUAUUUUUUCGAGAAUCUUCGGUCGGACGAACAGGGAUGAUAUCGAAUCCAAGCGCGAGGAACCGUUCCGAAAAGCUCUGAUCGUGCCGAUCGUCCACAGUAGGAUCCGCAGUUGCGUUUAAGUACAAAAAAAAAAGAAGAAAGAAAGAAAGAAAGGAAGGAAGGAAGGAAGGAAGAAAAGAAUAUAUAUGGGAGAUGCGGUAGCCACGAUCAGAUGAUACGCGCGAGGCAUGGGCACCGUUUGAGUGUCCGAGUCGAGAGAAGAGUACGAAAUGAAAUAAAGAAUAUUGUAUACUUAAA